ACAAGGGCAGCCAUACAUUUGCUUGUCCACCUCUGGUUACUUUCAGAAUACGACACCAUUUCGUUGUGAAUUAUUUAAAUUACGUUAAAGGAGAAGUUCGGCCUGAGAGAGUUUACCUGUCCGAUUAAUGUGACGUAACACAAGGGGCGUGGCGUGUGCAACCUGCUGCGAGCUUUGAUGUUUGCGGGACUUUAAAUCGCAGACGCGCGGACGCAGCUUUUAGCGUUUCGCCGCGUUUGCUCGUGAGUUUGAGAUGUUUGAAAACAGAAACGCCCGCGUGCAUGUAACUUCGAGUGGAUUUCAACUUCUGUGAGUCCAAUGCUUCAGAUAAAGAUGAUGCUAAACUUUCUUCCAGUACGGAAAUUCAAGCGCAAUGUGGUAUACAUUGUGUUUGGCGUGGUGCUACUGGUGUUGGGAUUUCUGGCUGCUUAUUUGGAGGUCGUGGCCAACAGUGAAGUUUGGAGCAGUAAUGAUGAGAUUCUCCAUACUGAAGGUGUCAUCUUUGCAAAAUCUGCUGUUCAGAGUGUGGCUGGAGAUGAUCACAUCUCAAAUCAAGAUGAAGGAUCCUGGUCUUCAAAAAACAUCCCACAGACGUGGAGGCCAGAGUAUAAAGGAUUGGCUAAUCUUCAUGUGUUUGAGGAUUGGUGUGGCUCAUCUGUAGCUCAACUGAGAAAGAAUCUACAUUAUCCAUUGUAUCCUCACUCUCGUAUCACUGUUGAAAAACUAGCUGUGUCGCCCAGCUGGACCAAUUAUGGCCUCAGGAUAUUUGGCUACAUACAUCCUUAUACUGAUGGUGACUUCCUGUUCGCACUGUCAUCCGAUGAUAACAGUGAAUUCUGGCUUAGUGAUAAUGAAAAUCCAAACAGCCUGAAACUUCGUGCUUAUGUUGGAAAGACAGGCAGAGAAUGGACCGCACCAGGAGAAUUUGAGAAAUACGCCAGUCAGAUAUCAGACUUCAUUACUUUGCAGAUGAACAAGAAAUAUUUCUUCGAGAUCAUCCAUAAACAGAACGAUCAAGGCACCGAUCAUGUGGAGGUCGCGUGGCAACUUAAACAGGCUGGAAAUGGAUUUUCAAUCAUCGAUUCCAAGUACAUCUCCCUCUACACCAAUGAGUCGUCUUUGAAAGCAGCAGAUGUCAGUCACAUUCCUCAGACGGUUGCAAGUCGUGUAGCCCCGCCCCCACCUUCCUCUCAGACUCCGCCCCAUGGAGCAGACAUGUUGAGAACAGAUCCACGUGACUCGUUUCACAAGGUUCCAUUACUGGACAGGACACGUUUGCAAGGAGUUUUGCCUGACUGUUUAUAUUACCCCAGCUACAUUAUAAAGGGAUAUCCUUUAUCACGAUAUCAAGGCCUACAGUUUGUUCGUCUGUCUUACGUGUAUCCCAAUGAUUACACGCGUCUCACACACAUGGAGAGUGAAAACAAAUGUUUUUACCGCAGUAAUCCUUAUUACAUGGAGAGAUAUGGUUUCUCAAACUACCUCCAGCUGGAUCUGCCCACGACUGACAGCUUAUUUUUCAAAUACAGAGGAAUUGGCAUGGUAGGGGAAGGAAUGAAGUUUGGCGGAAAUGAUUAUAAAGGUUCACAAAAUGAUGAAGCGGAUGUUAAGAGUCAGAUGAUGAAUGGGAUGGAGAACGAUGGUUAUGUGGCGGAUUAUGAUGAUGAGUAUAACGAUUACUUACUACAGAGAGGACGCCAACUGUUAGAAGUUCAACAGCAUGACAGAAAAAAAAGAGAACUGGACAUUAGACCCGAGCAGACCCAGCGAAGCAACCCACCAAAGAAAAUUUGGAACCACCCCGAGGAUCCGCGGAACCACCCCGAGGAUCCGCGGAACCACCCCGAGGAUCCGCGGAACCACCCCGAGGAUCCGCGGAACCACCCCGACGAUCCGCGGAACCACCCCGACGAUCCUCGGAACCACCCCGACGAUCCGCGGAACCACCCCGAGGAUCCGCGGAACCACCCCAACCCCACAGCACAAAAGAAAAUAAGGAGAAAGAAACCAAUAGCACAACAAAUCCUGAAGGACCAAGCUUUAGAUGUGAGGAACCAGGGUGAGGUUCUCAGGGGAAAUGAAAAGGAAGCUGUGGCUGUACAGCAGAUUCAGAAGAACAUUGGUGUGGAGAAGAUCUCAGACCUGAAGAAUCUGGGACCAGUUGAAAGAGAAGAUCCCUGGAGGUCAGAUGUGAAAAAGCGAGUAGACAAAACGACCAAUCGUGAUAGUGAAAUUAAGCUUCGACCUCUUAAAUCCAGACGCACCAAUAGUAGUCGUAAUGAUCCAAACCGUGUUGCCUUCAGGGGCAUUCCCAUGGAGGACGGACAUAAGGUUGAGGAAAAAAUAGUUGAAGGGGUUGAGUUGGGAAAAACGCAUAAUAAGACUGUAAAAGCAGCCAAGUUGGAUGGGGCUGUGGUAACCAGUUCUGCCAUAUUUGAUGAGACCCAGAAUAAACAUGCCGUCUUUAUCAAACGAUCAGGUAACAAGACAGCCUUUGUGGGAGAAUAUGUGGACACGGCACCCAAGAAAACUUUACGCAAGGUUAAAGCAAGAAAAAGGAUCAACAAAGAGGAAUUGCCACCAUUAGAUGGAAAUGGGUUCAGAGCAGAUCCACUGCAACCACAGAACGGCCAAAAAUAUGUAGCAGACAAAGCGAUCUAUGUUUUGAAGGACAAUGGAGCUAAAUUAGACCCAGCCAUACCGGGUGACACCGUCAUGCAAGGUGGACCACAGCUUAAAGAUUACAGGUCAGAAAAUGUCAUCAAGAAUAAAAAUAUGGUCCAUCUCGCCCAAAAACCACAUCAGAAGCCAUCAUAUAACCUCACUCGUGAACACAAUCCAGCAGCCAUUGAACGAUAUAACGACAAUGGGGAUUUGGAUGACAGAAAUAAAGGAGAAGAGUAUCAGAUAAAGGAUAACUUUAGAGCAGAGGCUGAUAUUGGGAAAGAUGAAGAUGCCUGGAGAGAUGAAGGAUUCUCGGAGGAAGAGGAUAAUGACUUCAUCAAAAAGGAUGCGUUUGAUGUGGAAGUCAACUGGGCUCAGACAUUCCAGGUUAAACCUUUAGAUCUGCACACCAUGCGCUCUGAUUGGAUCGAGCUGAAUUGUAACGUGUCCGGAAACCUGCUGCUCAGCGAAUCGGAGGCUUUGACUGUGGUGGAAGCUUUCAUGAAGAAACUAAACAGGAAAUAUCCAAGGCGUUUUUCUCUAGAUCGUAUAGUAAACAUUGAGAAGAGGGCUGAUAAUCCUCGGGGCAAUAGAUAUCUACUGGAACUGGACCUGUUGGAGACUUCUGGGCGCCACCUGCGUCUGGUUCAAUACGUCUAUGUGUCAGGAUCCGAUUACUGGAGUAGUAAGGAAGGUGCUGAAGAACCGGUCCUGUGCAAUCCAAGCGGCUUUUACUGGAACCCAACCGCUACGGUUCACUUCAUUGUUCCAGUGAAGAAUCAGGCCCGUUGGGUACAGCAGUUUAUUUCAGAUAUGGAGGAACUUUACAGUAACACUGGAGAUCAAAACUUCAACAUCAUCAUCACUGACUAUGAAAGCACUGAUAUGGACAUAGAACAAACACUACAAAACUCUUACCUACCCAGAUAUCAGUACCUCAGGUUGAGUGGAAACUUUGAAAGAUCGGCAGGGCUUCAGGCUGGAAUAGACCUUAUAGAUGAUAAUCACAGCAUUGUGUUUCUCUGUGAUCUGCAUAUACAUUUUCCACCUGGCUUCAUUGACACUCUGAGGAAACACUGCGUUGAAGGUCACAUGGCCUUCGCUCCCAUAGUCCAGAGACUCAACUGUGGCGCUUCACCGCGGGAACCCGAUGGUUACUGGGAGGUCAAUGGUUUUGGGCUUCUGGGCAUCUAUAAGUCAGACCUGGACUCCAUUGGGGGCAUGAACACUGAAGAAUUUACUGACCGCUGGGGUGGAGAAGAUUGGGAACUACUGGACAGGAUCCUACAGGGUGGGUUGGAAGUGGAACGACUCUACCUGAGGAACUUCUUCCAUCACUUUCACUCCAAACGUGGAAUGUGGAAUCGUCGGAUGCUGCGGAAUACGUAACCGGGUAAACCGUUUCGCCGCUGCGUAGCAACGGUUGCCAUGGCACUUUAAACUGUAGAACUGACAGGUGACUCUAUACCUCGGGGCAUUAUAGAUGUGUGGAUGGCCAACGGCAUCCAUCUAUCCGUCACUGCCGAUCCAAUGUGAUUUUAAGUGAUGUCCUUGAAAUGCAAAAGUUGCUGAGAAGUUCAGUAACACUAAGUACUGUUAUAACCUGAACUCAGAUCAGUGUGUUUUCAAUGACAACAGCUCCCUCUGGUGUUCAGUUCCUAAGCCAUUAAGAAAAUAAGAAGGAGAUGAGGAAAAAUGCUGGUGGAUUGGUCAAAGAUGUCUGGAACAUUAUCAAUUUGAAUGAAUGUUUGUUUGGCUAAUUCUGUUCUGACAGACAGAAUUGUAAUGUUAAAUGUGAUUCAUGUAUAUAAAGAUAAAAUGUGUAUUUAUUCAGGUAGCUAUCAAUCUUGGAUUUUGCACACUGUUGUACUGUAUGUUUUAUGCUCUGUGACCUCUCAAUUUUGGAGUAAAUCGUGACAGAAUGUUUAUUUAUCAUAUUGCAAAAAGAUGUUAUGGAAGUGGCUUGAUUAUUAAUAUUCUUUGUGUAAAAAAUGGGAAGAUAGCUUUUUAUGUGUGUCAUAUUUUAGGGAGUAGAGACAACAGACAAGUUGAUGCAGACCUCUACCCCUGUAAAACCAAGCUGUUCAGUAUUACUAAAAAUAAAUUGAAAUCCGGUAAUGUUCUGACAAAAACAAUAACGACAAUAAUCCUGGCUAGUUUUGGCCAUUUAAAGUUGAUGUUUGCUAUGAAGUGCCAUCUGCUGUGCAUGACCUACUGUCUCUUCUGUAUAGGGAUUUCAGCACUGCUUUUACAAAGGUACUUUUAAAUGGUUACAAAAACUUUAAUAAUUACUGUCAUGUUGUUGCGUUUUUGUGUGCUUUUUUGUAAUGCAUUUUAGAUCUGACAGUCAGUAGUGCAUUACUUGUCAAAACUUGUUUAUUAUUUAUUUUGACACGUUUCAUGUGAAGGAUCCUUUUGCAAGCUGCAAACUGUUAACCUUAAAUUAAAGAUUCUCAGCUUCCUGUCUUACUCAAAUGUUUUUCCAACAGUUGUUAAAAUAAAGCCAUAACAAAAUAACA